AUGUUGGUAACAAUACUGUGUAGAUUUACAUUGGGAACGGGAAUAGGACAUUCAAAUCCCAACAGAUGUUUUCCACAUCCUACUAUCUAUCCUCGGUUUCCACCGAUGAUUUCAAUCAAGAUAAUAAAAUCGCAUACAAUUAGUGUCCUUAUUGGAAAUGGGAAUGGCACAUUUAAAACUCAACAACUAUAUGCGACCUGUUAUGUACCACAACAAUUGAUUACACAAGAUUUUAACAGGGAUAAUAAAUUAGAUUUAAUUACAACCAGUUUUUCGACAAAUACGAUCUGUCUCCAUCUCGGAUACGGGACAUUUAUGACGACGCCACAAUCGUUUCCGAGCGGUGGAUCAUUGCCAAUUUCACUGGCAGCUGCAGAAUUCAAUCAGGAUGGUCAGUUAGAUGUGGCUGUGGCAAAUUAUGGAAAUAAUACAAUUAGUGUUCUAUUCGGAUAUGGGAAUGGAUCAUUUCAAACACCACCUACUGUCUAUUCGACAGGAUCAGGGCCACGUUUCAUUGUCACUGGAGAUUUUAAUGGAGACACUAGAAAUGAUCUGGCCGUUAUUAAUACUGUCAGUAGCACAAUCGGUGUUUUCAUCGGAAAUAUUGGUGGUACAUUUCAACCACAACGUGUCUAUACAACCGGAGGCACUGAUCCAAUACAAUUAAUUGUCGUUGAUGUUAAUCAGGAUAAUGUUCAAGAUCUGAUAACAGCAAACAACGGUGGUUCAUCAGUAAGUAUAUUUCAGGGUGUGGGUGAUGGUACAUUUUUAACCUGUGAAAACUAUCUAACAGGAUCACCACCGAGUACCAACGAUGUUUUCAAUGGUGAGUCACAUUGUGACUGUGGCACAAGAUUUAGUUGUCAUUAA